AUGGAUAAGUUCCGCAUGCUCUUCCAGCACCUGCAGUCCAGCUCAGAGUCAGUGAUGAAUGGCGUCUGUCUGCUGCUAGCUGCAAUCACGGUCAAGCUAUACACCUCCUUUGAUUUCAACUGCCCCUGCCUGGCACGCUACAAUGCCCUCUAUGGCCUGGGCCUGCUGCUCACACCCCCGCUGGCCCUCUUCCUCUGCGGCCUCCUGGCCAACCGGCAGUCCGUGGUGAUGGUGGAGGAAUGGCUCCGGCCCACUGGGCACCGCAGGAAGGACCCAGGCAUCAUCAGGUACAUGUGUUCCUCUGUGCUACAGAGGGCGCUGGCUGCCCCCCUCGUCUGGAUCCUGCUGGCCCUCCUGGAUGGGAAAUGCUUCGUGUGUGCCUUCAGCAGUUCUGUGGACCCCGAGAAGUUUCUGGACUUUGCCAACAUGACCCCCAGCCAGGUGCAGCUCUUCCUGGCCAAGAUACCCUGCAAGGAGGAUGAGCUGGUCAGGGACAGCCCUGCCCGAAAGGCAGUGGCUCGCUACUUACGGUGCCUAUCACAGGCCAUCGGCUGGAGCCUCACCCUGCUGCUGAUCCUCUCAGCCUUCCUGGCCCGCUGCCUAAGGCCUUGCUUCGACCAGACAGUCUUCCUGCAGCGCCGAUACUGGAGCAACUACGUGGACCUGGAGCAGAAGCUCUUCGAUGAGACGUGCUGUGAGCACGCGCGGGACUUCGCCCACCGUUGCGUACUGCACUUCUUCGCCAGCAUGCAGAGCGAGCUGCGAGCGCGCGGGCUGCGCCAGGUCCCAGUCGCAGCCGCAGCAGCCACCACCGCCGGAAGCCCAGAAGGUCCGGAAGCCCUGGCCGGUGGCAGUGAGAAGGCCCACCUGCGCGCCGUGUGCAGCCGGGAACAGGUGGACCAACUCCUAAGCAGGUGGUACUCCAGCAAGCCACCACUCGACCUCUCGGCGCCUCCGGGACUGUGGGCUGCUGGCCUCAACCACCGUGCCCUAGUUGGGGCCACUAGCGCCAGGCCCUCUCCAAACAUGGAUGUGUAG